UUUUCCAUUUAGUGAGAGAGAGAGAGAGAUUGAGCCGGAGAGAGAGAGGAGGAGGAGCUGGUAGUUUCAUUUCUUUUGGGUGAGUUCCCAUUUUGUGAUCGUCUUUCUUCUUUCUAGAUUUUCUAUCAGAUCGGAGUUUCAGAAAUUGAAGUUUGUAGGAAAAUGGGGAGGGAUGUUAAUGGUUUGCACAUUGACAAGAAACCUGACACAGUUCAAGUCGAAGAAGAAUCUCAUUCUCAUCCGAAACAUCUGCUUGUGAACGAUCUAACCAACUACUCGCCUCAAAAGACAAACACUGAAAAAACAGAAGCUGUUGUGUCAACUGAUACUAAUGUAAAGAAAGCACAGCCCUAUGCUGCUCCUACGAUUUCAAGGAGGUCCUAUCAUGAGUAUAGAAAGCAGGACGAAGAAGACAACUUCUCCAUUGCUUCCUCAGCUGCAGUAUCUGUCCGGUCAGCAAGGUUUAGGACAACUGUCCCUGUUGCUCCUGUCUUUAAAUGUGACAAACGUUUUGAGAAACGCAAAGAGUUUUACACAAAAUUGGAGGUUAAACAUCAGGCUUUGGAAGCGGAGAAGCUGGAGCAUGUGGCAAGGACUAAGGAGGAUGAUGAUGCAGCUAUAAAACAGCUGAGAAAGUCAAUGGUGUUCAAAGCUAAUCCAGUUCCCAGCUUUUAUCAUGAAGGACCUCCACCUAAGGCUCAACUUAGAAAGGUGCCAUUAACACGGCCAAAGUCUCCUAAUUUGACGAGGAGGAAGAGCUUAGGUGAUGCAAUUCCCCCGUCUCCCCCAGAGAGGGUGACAGUUUGCUCGAGGGCUGUUCGACACAGCCUUGGAUCCUCCAUUAAGAAUGGAAGAAACAUUCCCAUCAGCCCUCUAAAGAGCAGCAAGACUCAGAUAAGCGGAGGAAGCAAUGGGAAAGUCAAGGUUAAGGAGCCUGUGAAGGCCCAUGGUUCAGACAUUGCAGUUAACGGAUGAUCGGUUCAAUCAAAGGAAUCUUGUUGAUCCAUGAUGAUGAUGAUGGUGUGUGCCUGAUGAGUGAUUUGUUUGCUUGGAUGUAAAACCCCAUAUGUUUAUUAUUAUGUAUUAACAUUAUAUUCCAAAUUUGUAUAUUUUGGCUAGCUAAAGAAUAGUCUUUUAACAUGAACUGUAAUAUGAGAGAAAGAGAGACAGAUUGAUGAUCAUUAUGGUUAAAUUUCUCAAUCCCUUUCCUUUUGUUUUUGUUA